AUGGAUCAAAAUCGCCAACCGAGAAAGGCACCUCAAAAUGCGGUCCCACUGGGGGCCAUCAGGCAGGGAAAUAUUCCUAGUGUGGAACAAGGAAUCAUCAGUGGAGACAACGUCCAGUUUGGGAGGCUGCGAUACCGCUCACGCUUGUCCCAGUCAGAGGGCUCGGGGGCUGAAGAAGACCGUCUUGGCUCCUCCAUGGAGGGGAGCAGCUCCUAUGGUCGAAGCCCCCUCCUCCAGGGCAUGCAGGCCGAGACGGUGUGGUACAACCGCAGCACCUACGAGCAGGCCGAGGGCAACUUCCAGCGCCGGCUUGCCUCCAAUGGCAACGGGCCAUUGUCGUCUUCUCCUCGGAGCCCUAACACCAGAGGGCCCUUGACCUUCCACUCCAGGCGCAACCAUGGCGAACAACAAGAUCAGGAGCACGCAGUCACUACUGUGAAGGCGUCCGGCACUCCUCACCGUCAGUUCAAUAGAAGCCGCUACCGCACCUCCUCUGAGAGCGAGCAGGGGAGCAGAGACGGCAGGAGACCAUACCAGAGGAAGAGGGGCUUCUCCGAGACAGAUGGGAAAUGGGACAAUUCCAACAUGAGCGGAGUGCAGUGCCUUGCCACAGAGAACAUCUGGUUCGACAAACAACGCUACGACGAGGCCGAGACGCGCUUCUACGAGGGGGCCAACGGCCCCGCCGCUCAGCAGCAACAGGUGAAAACGGCCCAGCAUCAAGCCAAAGGACGCCAGCCAAAACGGCAGCACAGAAAUUCGUCCUCACAUGCAGGUGGAGACCAGGAGCUGGUAUCUCGUAUGAAGAGCCUGGAGCUGGAAAAUCAUACUCUGCACAAAGUGGUGGCAGAGAUGAGGGCCGCGCUGCUCAAACUGGAGUCCAGAGUGGCCGUGCUGGAGAAGUCCCCCACACCAGCGGCCGUCCCAUGUGCAAAGGCGACUCCCGUCCAUGCGGCUCCAGCCAAGGUUGAGAACGGAGACGACGAAGACGACGACAUAGACUUGUUCGGCAGCGAUGAAGAAGAUGAGGAGGCUGCACGUCUGAAGGAGCAGCGCCUGGAGGCCUACGCAGCCAAGAAAGCCAAGAAACCUGCCAUCAUUGCCAAGUCCUCCAUCAUAUUGGACGUUAAACCCUGGGACGACGAGACGGACAUGGCCAAGCUGGAGGAGUGUGUGCGCUCGGUGCAAAUGGACGGGCUCCUGUGGGGAGCCUCAAAGCUGGUCCCGGUCGGAUACGGCAUCAAGAAGCUGCAGAUCAACUGCGUGGUGGAGGAUGACAAAGUUGGAACUGACAUCCUGGAAGAGGAGAUCACCAAGUUUGAGGACUUCGUCCAGAGUGUGGAUGUUGCUGCCUUCAACAAGAUCUAA